UUGACGCAUGCGUACUGAGAUCUCCAAAUGUAGCUGAGGAAAAUAGAAAUGAGCUCUAAAAUCCCCCGAAAAGCUUUGGCUAUCCAAGCUCGUAAGAAGCGCUCCAAAGCGAAACCCCGUUUCAAAACUGACGACAAAAAGAGAUCAUCGGGAGACAAUGCAGAGAAGCGUGACCCGCACUACCGCGAUGAUGAUGACGAUGAUGAUGAGGAGGAGGAGAUUCUCGGCUCUGACGAUGACGAGCAGGAAGAUCCCCGCGACUAUGUCAAAGGUGGAUACCAUCCAGUGAAAAUUGGAGAUCUUUUUAACAGCAGGUACCAUGUCGUCAGAAAACUUGGAUGGGGACAUUUUUCAACAGUUUGGCUUUGUUGGGAUCUGUCAGUGAAGCGAUUCGUUGCACUCAAAGUUGUCAAAAGUGCACAACACUACACAGAGACGGCUUUGGAUGAAAUCAAGUUGCUACGAAGUGUCCGAGACACGGAUGUCAGUGAUCCUUUCAGACAGAAAACUGUUCAGCUACUGGAUGACUUCAAAAUAUCUGGAAUCAAUGGGACCCAUGUGUGUAUGGUGUUUGAGGUUCUGGGCAACAACCUCCUCAAGUUCAUCAUCCGCUCCAACUAUCAGGGCAUUCCGCUUCCAAACGUCAAAACCAUCAUCAGACAGACUCUACAGGGUCUUCAUUAUUUACAUGCCAAGUGUAAGAUCAUUCACACGGACAUCAAGCCCGAGAACAUCUUGAUGUGUGUGGAUGAUGCCUAUGUGAAGAAACUAGCUGCUGAUGCCUUUGAAUGGCAGAAACUUGGACAGAAGCUCCCAGGAUCAGCAGUGAGCACAGCACCAAAAGAAAAACCUCCAGACCCUUCGAAGAUGUCAAAGAACAAGAAAAAGAAGCUGAAGAAGAAAAUGAAGAAACAGCAGCAGCUACUGGAGAUCCAGAUGAGACAAAUUAAUGAAUGUGAUAGUAAAAUAGAUCCUGAGAAGGAUGACUGUGGCAGUAUGACCAACAGUGAGAGCACAAAUAGUCUACCACUGACUGAGCAUGAAUUUCCCACCCCACACAGCAAGAGUCUAAACAGCAUACAGCACAUGUCUGAGGAUUUUUGCCAGACGAGCGAAAGUAUGCCCAAUUUGGAAGCAGCCUGCAACAUGACUAGCGUGCCAAAUGAUGCUCCCGUGAACAACGAAACCCAGCCAGCCAGCAACAACAACACGAGCAGUACGGACCAGUCGAACAAUGCUGCAAACGGCAAGGUCGCCAACAUAAAACAAAACGAUAACAACAGCAAACCAGAGAACAUGGACGAACAAGAAAACACCAAUGCGCAGGAAAACAAAGACACCAAAACACAAGGUACUGAUGACAUGGAUGUGGCACGGAACGACACGUGUUCCGUUAUCGAGACGUCGUCGUCUUCUUCUCCACCAAACGACCGUGACCAGAUUCCGUUAAAUGAGAGCCAGAUGACAAGAAUAGCGAAACUGAACGUCGCGGACGAGGAUGGGGAGGCUGUGGGGGAGAAACCCCCCCUGCUGUGUAAUGGGCACGAGUCCCGCGAGGAACACAAAAACUCUAUGAACGUUGUUAGUCAGUGUAAUUCUGUGAUCACCAAGAAUGACAUGGAGCAUAGUCCGGAGGGUAGCAUCACCGAGCAGAUGCAGGACGAUUCUCCAGGACCAGAAGGAUGCUCAACCCCUGUGAUUGUUGCCAAAGAUGACCAAAUACGAAAAGAUCCAGUUAAUGAAAUUUGUGAUAUUCCAGUCAAAAUAGCUGAUCUCGGCAAUGCUUGUUGGACGUUUCAUCACUUCACUGAAGACAUUCAAACGAGACAGUACCGAUGUCUGGAGGUUCUUGUUGGUGGGGGUUACGGCCCUCCGGCUGAUAUAUGGAGUACAGCCUGCAUGGCCUUUGAACUUGCGACUGGUGAUUAUCUGUUUGAGCCUCACUCUGGGGAAGACUACACACGUGACGAGGAUCACCUCGCUCACAUCAUUGAGCUGCUUGGCCCAAUUCCUCGUCAUCUAGCUCUCGCGGGCAAAUAUUCCAGGGAAUUCUUUAAUCGACGAGGUGAGCUGAGACACAUCACGAAGCUGAAGCCGUGGGGACUGGUGGAGGUGUUGACUGAGAAGUACGAGUGGGAGACUGAGGGAGCCGAGGCGUUCGCCGACUUCCUCACCCCGAUGCUGGCGUUCGACCCCAACCACCGGGCCACUGCGCAAGAAUGUCUCAAUCAUUCCUGGUUAAACUCAUGACCCAGAGAACCUAAUCCUGCCACUACCUUAACUGGACACCAGUCCUAGCUUUGUUGUUCACAUUUUAGCAGUUGGAUGUCCAUCAUUCUGUCUGUCUGUUUGUCAGACAGACACCACGUAAAGUAGAGGCCUGACAGUUUUUGUGGUACAGUCACUACUGGCUACCUUUUAGUCAAAGUGUGAUGAAGAAAAUUUUACGAAAACUGUAGCAGAUUUAAUGUUUUUCACUUGUAUGGAGUAUUGUCCAUUGUGGUGUUGGGCCAAGUAUUGGCAGUGUUGACAAGGCUAAUGUGGAAUGAAAGAGCAGUGGAAAGUAAUUCAUUGAGUUGAGGUGGUGUAGGUACUUGGACUUGUUAUGUUAAUAAGUUAACAAAAUAUGAUUCUUGUAAUUAGUUGCACAAAAAUUAUUAUUGUAAUAAAUAAAAAAAUGAAAUUUUAAAAUGAUUGCAAAUCUUGAAUUCUUUGUAAUGUUAAAUGUUUGAACAUGUAUUGAAAUUUGGAGUUCAGUUGAUCUGAUCUGUUCUCAUUCCAUGCUCCAUUACCAUUAAAUAUUAUUAAUUGGUAUUAAUUUCAUUUUAUGCUAAUUUAAGGUAAUUCAUUAAAAUAACAUCAAGUUAUUACUUUCAGACGGAUCAUUUCUAAAUAAAAAAUCUUUGCAAAAAUAAUUAUAUUCAAGUUUCAAGUUCUGCUUAACUUAAUAAGUUGUUUCACAUGUUCCAUCAUAAUUAAUUUUUGUUAAUUAUUAAUAUUACUAUGCUAAAUUAACUUAGUAAAAUAAUAAAAUUUAUGAAUUUAACAAAUCCAGAUUGGCAGUUAAAAAAAUCUCCUAUUUAUAGCUUAUGUACAUCACAAGUGCCUUGGUAAUAUAUAUAUAUAUAUAUUUUGAAUAUAUGUCAUGGAAAUAAUACAACACAAACAAAUAUCGAGAAGCAGUCAAAGUGACUCAUAUAAAACUAAUGCAAGAAAGAUUUAAUGAAAACUUAGAGAAAUUUGAAGAUCGGUUUUCAUGAAAUUUAUUAAGUCUUCACAAGUAAUGAAAAUGAAAUCAGAUUUGCUUUAAAUUGGUUGAUAUUUGUGUUGGGUAGACCUGUUUAUUCUUGAAAAUCUUAGCAAAGUCGGGAACAAAUUAAAGUGAAUAAUGCAUAAAUGAGACAGCAUUUCAUUCAGACACUACAUAUGUUGGCAGGAAAACUAAAUGUUGACAAUAAUAAAAUCUUUUUGAUGAUUGCUGGCAUAUUAGCUGUGUAGAUAUCCAAUUUCACAAAGAUUUUAUACUGUAUAAUUAUUUCUCCAUUACUUCAAUAUUUGAAGCUGCACAGUAUGAUAACAGUACGUCUGUUAGCUUUGUCUUGCUGAUGUUAAAUACUGUGGUCCAUUAAAGCUUAAAAACAGUGAAGUAAUAAAUGGGAUUCCUUGGAGGACAUGAGUCCCCACUGUUCUCUGUACCCUGUGUGUUCAUGCUUUGAAAUGACAUCCAGCUGCUAACAUGUGCGAUAGUAAUUUAAUUGUAUAGAUCACAACAUACAAACAUUUACACCACAAGGAAGUAAAGAUCUUGUGAGGAAAGCACAUCUUAUUUGCUGUUAAAUGGAUGAAUAUAAAUAUAAUCAUCCUUGCCAUUCUUCAUCAUCAUCAUCAUCUUCAUGAUCAUCAUCAUCAUAAUCAACGUUUGACGUGCUGCUGCAUAUGCAAUGGUUCAUAUAGUGCUGCAGAAGUUAUCUUACUGAAGAAUUGUUUGGAAGAUGUUAAUUCAAAAUUGUAAAUAAUUGUAUAUUUAUUUAAAUAUUUAGGAAACGUUCAUAAUUAUUAUUUUCAAAAGCAUAAACAAUAAUCUAGGGGCUUGUGUGGGGGUUAUUGCCUGUGUAUGCUUUUAAAACGAAAAAUAUUCUUUGAUUCUUUGCAAAAUCAUAAUAAAAACAAAUCUCCUCUGAGAAAAACACUAGUAAUGUAUGACUGUUAAACUUGUGAUAAAUUUGAUUUGUUAAAAAUUUUAAGCAGAGUUUGUCACUUGCAGUUUGUGAAAAACCACAAGCUAGAAAUCUGUUUUGUUCACUGUAAAAAUGACAACUUCAUUUUAACUUUGUGUAAUACACAUUUAUUUUUGUAAUCUUGUGCCAUAUGUCUAAUAAUUAGUUACUAUAGUCAAAUGUUUGAAGUUACAUUGUUGAUUAAUCCAAGAGAAAAGUGGGGAUUAAAGAAUAUAAUGAUAAAAAGAAACUGAAACAUGGCCUAAUUGAAUAAAUGACCUAUGAAAAUGUAAUAUUGAAUGGUGGGGAAUGCAAGUGAUAAUGAAUUGAAGAGACAUGAAUUUUAGUUUUGGUGUAACAAUAGUUUAUAUUCAAAGCAUUGAAGUUUUGCAUAUGCAACAGCAGUUGUUUCUCAUCAUAUUUGUAGGUUGUCAUUAAAAUCCCUUGCUUUGUUUCUUCCUGAUAAUAUGCUUUGUUAGUUUUUUUUAGGGUAGAACCAUUCUAAAUCUGAAUUAAAAAAUACUGCAUGAUUUAUCACCGAGUUUGUUUUGUGAAUUACAUUUGGCCAGUAAGUAUAAGAAUCUACAGGUACAAAUGGAAACCAGGUAUUCAUAAAAUGUCAUACCUUGCUUUCCUAACAUGGAUUUGGGGGCGGGGGGGGGGGGGUUGAAUUUAAAAAAUAAAUUGGUGAAUAAACUAUAAUGAACAGCUGCAGUGUUUGUGUUAUGUGUGGCAGAUGAAGAUAAAUGUCAUUGAUCAAUUCCACAGUGACAGCUCUUACAUUUGUAGCCAGUUUAUUAAUUUUAAAUACCUGCUUUUUUGUCAUUAUUGCAUCCAAGCAUUUCCUGCUUUUAAGUUCAUAUUGGAUGAACAUGUGCUACUAGGUGCUAGUGCUAACACAACAAAUUCACAAUCUACCUUGAGUAAACUUUGGUAGCAAUUAAAUUUAGCUGUGACCGACUACCAACCCCCUCCCCCCAAAAAACGAAAUUGACAUUUUUGUAUCUUCAGUCACAUCAAUUAAAUGGCUAGUAUUAAGUGGCAUAUGCUCUUCUGAAAAGACAUAAGUACAGGUAUAUGAAAUUCAAAGAUUGCCAGGACAUGUAACUGCAGUCACUGCAGAAUUGCCUCAUUUAAAUUCACUGGUUGAUUGACCCCUUGCCAGUAUCUCAAUGUCCUUAACAUAAGCUGUAUAUUAGUACUGGCAAAUGUCCAUAUAUUGAUAUGCAAGAUUUUCUCCAUUGUUAUGUUUAUAGACCCAAGUACUAUGUUAGUACUACUAUGUCAUUAAAUGUAGGAAGAAAUGAAGCAAAGUUGAGUUGACAGUCUUUAGUCCAUCAACAGGUUGUGUAAUUUUUCUAGUUCAUAAUUCAUUGAAAUGUUGAUUCACGUCCUAUCGCAUCAGCAAUACAUUAUAGCUGAUUGACACCCACAAAGUUGCAGACCAAUUUGUGUGCUUUUUUUUUGCUUCAGCUUUUGUAAGGGAGUUGAUUUUCAUGGCAUAUUUUAGAUUGAACCACAUGAUUACUACUGCAUUUUGACUAAGUUAUGAAGAAAUUUUUUCUGCGGGUUUUUGUUUUGCAAUUUGUCUCUUGGCUUUUAAAAUACAUAUUCAUUUUGACAACUAUUAUCAACCACCAUACAUCUUUUUCAUUUUUCUGUUAUUUGCUUUUGCAUUGUACAUUCAGAUAAGAUACAGAAAUUUCCAAUAUCACAAAUGACUUGUCCUGUAAAAUAUACUUUAGAGGUCCAAAGAAUAUUUAAAUGUAUGACAAUGCAACAAUUUGUGUACCUACCCAAUAGGCUUACGCUUUACAUGUCUUGAAAGAUGUUUCAUUACUGUAGAGAAUACAACAGCUUUUUUUCAUUAGUGUAAAGAUCAUUUCUCUAGCAAUCUACCGGGAGAGUAAUCCUGUGUUACACAGAUCUACGCUAAGCUUCCUUCAUAUUCAGCAGGUUACAGUAAUGUGCAUAAAGCUUACCUCCAAAUGCAUAUCUCUAUGAAAUGUUUGUGUCAUUGACACAGUAGUUUUGUAUAGAUUAAUGUCAUUGAAGAGAAUGUUUUGAAAAGAAGAAUUUGUUUUGGAAGAUGAUCUUGCAAUACAUGUAUGUAGUGUACACUAUUCUCCAGCAAUGCACAAUGUAGAGAUGUACUUAAUGUUUCUUUCAUCCUAAACGUUUCCUAUAGAGUUUUUAUUACUGAAGAUAAAUUAAAUUUGAAAACAAGGUUGUUUGGAUGCUUGAAAAAGAGUGGAACAUUCUUGGAUUAUUUAAUCAAUAAUUAGUUCUGGAAUACCUUUCAGUCUAUAUUUGUUCAGUCUGAUCAUCUGUUUUUGAAUACAAACCUGAGAAUCCACAAAGCAGUAUCCAUUGUAUCACUCUGGUUUUUACUCUGUGAUUGUGCAUCACCAUCGUGAAACUCUGGUAUCGAUACUGACUUCCAGUGAUGCAGGGUACAAUUCACCACAUGGGGUAACAAGAAAUCUGGUUAUAAUUAUUUUACUUACAGGCCUCUGAGAAUUGAAAAUUUGCAUAAACCAUUUAUGAUUUAACCGAAAACAAAUUAAGAUGACCCAUUGUAUUUUUGCAUAACCCAUCAUGAUGAUGUUAAUGAUCUAAAUUUAGUGUGAACAAAAAAAAAGAAGGGUUCUGAAAGACUACUUGUGCAACGAACGGAAUAAUUUUCUGUUUUCAAAGGCCUGUGUCAAGGUGGCUUACUGUGUGAUUACUUUUAAUCAAAAUGGCUAUAAAAACAAUAACAACCCAACACAUUAGAUAAUGAUAGACGAUUGCACGUUUACAGAUGGGUUGUUUAGUAAAGAUUUUGUGAAAAGCACAGAAAUCUCAUACAUUUGUUAAAGAUGUAUGGCUUGUGUAUAAUUUUAAACAUGCUUUUAUAUAGUAACGGGGAAUCAUUAGCAUAAGUUGGAAAUUUGUUUUUGUGUGUGUACUCCAUUUCUGUUUUAAUAAAAAAUACUAGAAUGGAAUGUUGCUUUAUUAAAUUGAAACAAAAUUUACUAGAAAAAAAUAUUUUAUAAUUAUUUUACAAAACAAUAAUACUAAAGACUGUUCUUAAAGGGGCCAUUGCGAGUUUGCUGCCAUUGUAACAUAUUUCUACAGAUAAGAUGUUUUUUUAACUACCAAAAUUAUCUUGUUUUCUUGUUAAAAUAUCAGUGUGUGUAUUUUUCAAUGUGUUUCUUGUCAUUCCAGAGUUUGUAGGUUGCUCCAGUUUUGUUUCAUUUCCUAAUAUGUAUAUUUAUUUUUACAUACAAAUUUAUUUGGAGUGAAAAUUCAGUUUGGGUUACUAGUUGGGAACAUGUUAUGUAUUGGCAUCAAACUUUGGAUUCUCUUUAAUUUUAAUAAGUGUAUGACCGCCUAUGCAAUGUUUAUGGUAUGCCAUUUCAAUAGCACAAAUGUAUCUUUGUUUAGUGUACAAAAACUUAACUUUUUUUAAUUACUUUUAUAAAAAUACUGUUGAGUGAUAGCUUAAUUUAAGUUCUCAAUAAAGGAAGAAGGUUUUGGAUUAUAACAUAUUAAAAUUCACUUUGUUGUGUCUGUCUAACUGAUGUACAAGUUUUUACUUGUGUGAAAAUCUAAUAUUGCAUAUUGGUUUAUAUUUGGUAUAUGUUAUUUAUUAUUAUUUGUUAUUUCUUCAUUUAAUUAAUCUAGAAAAAAAAAUUGUCCACACAACCGUUGUUGAGUGUCUUGAAGAUAUAAUUCUGUAGUGUAUGGUUGCAAGCAGGGUUACAGUUGGGGAGCUUAAAAAGAAAUCUCGAAAUGUUGGGGGAAAGUCGUUAAAAAAGGUUACAAAGUGCAUUUCAUUCUGGUAAAAGGACUGAGCUGUAGUAGAAGAGUCUGGCGAGCCAACUGACAUAGUUUUUUAGUAUGUACAAUAGAUGUUCAAUAGCUUUUCAGUGGUGUAACAUGUUUUGACAUUAAAUGUUAUGCACUGUUUUGAAUCAAAGUGGUGGUUUGUAUACUGUUCCCACUACUUAACUUCAAAAAGUCGGAAGUUGUUUUUAGGUAUUGCUCAAUAUAUCAUCAGACUCCUAGUAUAAUUGCCCAAGUAAUGUUUAGAGCUACUGAGACCAAAGGAAAAAACUGUACAUUGGUUUAUAAAGAUAUGUUAGAGGUCUUUUGGGAGGAAAAUCUCAGACAAUAUUUCCAAGAUUGUACUUGAAAUGUUACUAUUGUUAUAAUAUGUAUUGUGUGGAUGAGAAAAGCUUAAAUAUUUUAUUAGAAAUUAUACAAGUAAUGGAAUAUGUUAACCAGACUCUUCCUGAUCAGUCAUUAUGGCAUAGAACGCUUAUGGUACACUUGUCUAAAUUCAGUUGACUGUACUAGGCAGUGGUGGCUGGAAGGUUAGUAAAAUCUUUGAGAAACAGUUUUAUCUAAAAGGUGUGUGAACACAAUUAAGCUAUUGGAUUACAGAGCCCAUUCUAAGGCCAUAGGCUCUCUUCUGCUAACACUGGGGCAUUUUUGCAGGCUUUCUCAUUCUUAUAACACUAGUGGUAUAAAGGGUUAGACCUUGGGGAGAAGGGGUCCUUGUGUCUGUGAUUUUCAGUUUUAUUAUAACGUAUAGCCUGUAGUAAAGGGUGAAAGGAGUAUAAUUUUGAUAGUGUUCUACAAUAUGUUAUAAAAUUCGAGUAAUACAUAUAUCUAUAAUUGGUUCUUGAGAAGAGAAUGUAUUAACACUCUGUCAAAACAAUCAUAUGAUAGUUGUCUGAGUACAUUAUUUCAGGAUACAUUUAUUCCAUUUGAAACCAUUCUUAGCUCAGUUGAGUUUUGUCUAGUUGAUGAGCAAAUUUCAUGGUUAUGUGAUUGUUAUCUGUAAAAAAUAUCAUUGAUUUUUCUCUUAUGGCUGGACAAAUAUUAAUUAAACUUGUUAGGAAACACAAUGUCUCAAUCAUUUGUUGUUUAAAAACAAAUCCAUCGUUACCUCAAUGAUGAUAGUGUAGGUAAAUUCUCAGGAUUUCUGACUCAUUAAUGAAACCUUUUAAAAAAAGAGAAAAAAAAGAAAAAGUUUGUUUGAAGCUGGCAGAGUUUGGAAAUAGAUGAUUUAUCAAUAUGGAUGAAGUGAAUUUUAAAAUUUUCCUUCUGUUCUAUUUCUCUUUAUGCUAAACAUGCUUUCUUUACAACUACUGUAUACACAAACAUUUUCGUGGCUAAAAAUAAUUUGUUAUCAAGUUGUUAUUUUUUAUUUCCGCGAGGAAUUAUUUAUUCGACACUCCCCAGUAAUACAGUAAAACUACUCCCUUCAUUGACAGUUUCAUAUAUAGUAGACUUACUACUGUCACACAUGUACUCGUGUAUCAUGGUAUGACACUAGCAUUAUUUAGCUAGAAGUGCAUUAUAAUUAGUUACAUGUUAAAAGUAAUUCAGUGUUUUGUAUAUAUAUAUAUUGAAGUGUGAUAAAUGUGUUUUGAAUCUAUGAGUAUUACAGCUAAAUUGAAAAUAAGUUAGCGUGUAAACUGAAUUAGUGGUACUCUCAGAAUUUUCACCAUUUUUUCUGUAUAUUUUCUUCACGAACAUAUUUGCGUAUACGGUAGUCUACCUUGGCAAUUCCUUAGUGGAUACAUGUUUAGAAAACCUACCAGUUGUGAGAAAUAGUAUCAGUUGAUGGGAAUUAAUCCAGCUGAGCCUCUUUGUUUUGUUUUUUUAGUUUUUUUUAAUUAUUCAAUAGAUUUGUGUUGCUUUCAUUGUUUGCAUUAACAUAAUGUUGGUUACUUUGAUAAACAAAGCAUUCAUAUUUCCAAAGCAAUACAGUUUUUAAA